AUCUCGGUACAGUGCAUAUUCUACAUCAUUCUACAUACCAUCUAUAACCUUCGACUACAUCCUCUUCGGAAGUAUCCGGGACCUUGGUGGCUGGCGGCGAGCCGUAUACCUUAUACAUUCUAUGUAUUAAGAGGAGCUGCCGCCCGAAAGACAAAGGAUCUUCACCAUAGGUACGGUCAUGUCGUUCGCAUAAGUCCAGAUACUCUCUCGUUUACUUCGAGCCGAGCUUGGCCUGAUAUAUACGGGCCGGGGCAACCUGGAGGGCGAGGAAAUAUCCCCAAAGAUUCCAGAUACUACCCUGAAUCUCACCUGGUAUUUUUCAAUGAUAAAACUCACCGGCGGCUCACACAGUGCCAUCUAACACCAUCGCAUCAUGAAGCAUGUCUCCGAAAACACACCAAUCUCUUUAUUUCUAAGCUACAACAGUCCCAGUAUCAGUCUGAAACUAAAGAGGUGGACCUGAGCCAUUGGCUCCAUCUUCUGACGACGGAUAUUGCAGGCGAUGUGAUUCUUGGGGAAAAGUUCGGCGGGCUUGAGAACGGCCAAUGUCGGCCCAUUAUCGCUGUCAUCCCAUGUUUAGCAAGAGCCUUCACCUCGGCUGUGGAGCUGACACAGUAUCCAGGUAUUCGCUAUAUGAUGAAUACUUUUUGGACCUGGUUCAACAGGGCUCCAAAGUCUCCAAAGACGCCUAUGACCGAGCCCAAGCUAACAGAGAGCCAUAUCAAGGAGAACAAACCUAUAUCACGGAUACUUGAAGGUCCUGAAGACCAACGGUUGUCACCUGUUGAAAAGGAGGCCAUAACAAUGGCUCUUAUCAUCGCGGGAAGCGAGACCAUGGCUACUUUGCUGGCGGGCUCGAUAUAUCUGCUUCUAAAGCAUCAUGUAUACCUCAAAAAGCUAACGUCGACUCUGCGCACGCAAUUUCAUACCAGUUCUGACAUGACACUGUCUGCCCUUAAAGAGCAGCAAUACCUUAAUGCUAUCCUCAAAGAGAGUCUUCGCCUCUAUCCUCCCGCCCCGGGAAACCUAUUCCGUCGGACUGAAAAGGAAGGGCAUGUCGUGAUGGGGGAGGUGAUUCCGUCUAAUACAACUCUUACGAUGAAUCUAUGGGCAGCCAACCGCUCUGCGCUGAACUUCCAUUUGCCCGACAACAUGGUUCCCGAGCGAUGGAUCCAGCCUCGAUCAGCUGAGUAUCAAGACGAUGACAGGUCUGCCAUGAGGCCUUUUAGUAUCGGGCCGCAAGACUGCCCUGGGAGAAAUUUUGCGUGGGCCGAAGCGCGUCUGGUGCUUGCGUAUACGCUGUGGAAUUUGGACCUAGAGCUCGUGUCAGAGAGUCAAGACUGGAUGACCUGGCAGAAGGUGUUUAUGUUUUGGAUGAAGCCGCCACUGAGAGUCAGAUGCACACCAGCACAGACACGGGUUGAAUAA